AUGUCGUUCCGCUACGGAGGAGGCCUCGGCGGAGGCGCGGGCGGCCUCGGCGGCGCGUACGGCGCCAGCGGCAUGUACGGCGCCAGCGGCAUGUACGGCGCCAGCGGCGUGCACGGCGCCAGCGGCCUGUACGGCGCGCGCGGCGCGUACGGCGCUGGUGGCGCGGACUGUGGGACGGCGUGUUGCGCGAGCACCAGCGCCUGCAUGGGCUGUGGCCCCGGCUGCGGCGUGGCCUGUGCCGAGGGCUCGGGUUGCGGCGGCGGCGGCGGUACGAUCUUGAGUUACGUGGGCCCAGGGGGCGACUACGUCCAGGAGACCACCUACAAGUACGUGGGCAUGGGCGCGGGUGAGUUCGGGGCGGUCCGCAUCCCUGGUCGCGGCCCGAACUGCUGCCUGAUCUGCCUCGUGCCCCUGGGCCUUUCGCUCCUCCUGCUGCCACUCCUCCUCUUCGCGAUGUCACCAGGCUCGACGACCACGACGACGACCACCACCACCACCACCCCGGUGAUCAUCACAACUACUCCGCCGCCCGACACAACGACCACGAAGAAGACAACCACCACCAAGGCUCCGCCUCCGCCCCCGCCGCCGCCGCCCCCGCCCCCGCCCCCGCCCCCGCCGCCCCCGCCGCCCCCGCCGCCCACUACCACGGAAAAGAAGAUUAAUUGCGGCGAAGGCGACGUGGUGUCCUGGGACGUGCCAAAGAAGGUGUACUGCUGCCUGCACGAGGGCAAGGGCUGCCCGACGACCCCGGCCGCUCCCAGCACAAUGCCGGCGCUAGUCGUACCGGUGGUGACAACGGCGAUGAGCACCACGUCCCCGUGCCCGAUAGACUGCAACGCUGGCUACAACGACCUCGACCCGCUGCAGUGGGUCCGCGGCUGGUCCGGCGAGAAGAAGCUGUAUUGCUGCAAGACCGCGAACAAGGGCUGCCCGUCGGAGCUUCCCCCGCCCUCUGGUGCGCCACCUUCCAACGCGCCCCCCGAGCCGGACAACAGCAAGUACGAUUGCAACGCGGGCUAUCACCACUGCAUGCAUUGCCUCGUGUUGUCGUGGUCCCCGAGGAAGAUCGACUACUGCUGCAAAAACGAACACAAGGGCUGCAAGGGCGAGGAGCCGGAGUGA